CUUACCUUUACCAAAGAAACCCGAAGAAAAGGAUGUUGUCGACCGAUAAUUCACCGCACCCUCAAAUUCACGUAGAGGCCGUUAAUGGUUAUCCCUCGGACCACAGCAACAGGUCCUCUGAUCCCUCUGGUUCUGUCAAGUACGAGGAUCUUGUCCGCGACUCCGAUCUUUUCUGGGAAACCCUCCGGUCUCUCCUCCGAUUCUCCGGCAGAACUUUGAAAGUUCCUACUGUGGGUGGGAAUGAUCUGGAUCUUCAUCGGCUUUUCAUCGAGGUCACAUCUCGAGGGGGCAUUGAAAGGGUGAUCAAGGAUCGGAAAUGGAAAGAAGUGAUUGGAGCAUUCAAUUUCCCGACAACAAUAACAAGCGCAUCUUUUGUCUUAAGGAAGUAUUAUCUGAAGCUGCUUUAUCAAUUGGAGCAGAUGUAUUACCUCCUAAAGCCGGUUUCUUCAAUCUCAUCAACAGAUGAAGCAAUGAGGAGUCUUGUCAAUGUAUCCCCAAACACCGAGGAAGGCAAUCACGAACUGAACGCUGGCUGUUCCGUUUACGGAAUUAUCGACGGGAAGUUUGAUAAUGGAUAUUUGGUGACCAUGAGGGUGGGUUCGGAAGAGCUCAAAGGUGUGCUGUACCACAUUCCUCAGACGCCUUGUCCUCCACUCAAUCUGGAAACUUCUUCGGCCAUACCGUCGAAGCGGCAUAAGAAGAGAUCAAGACUGGCUAUGGUCGAUUCUCAGCGACCUAAAUGCCAUAGGAGUGGCUACAACUUCUUCUUCUCGGAGCAGUAUGCAAGGCUUAAACUCGAAUACCAAGGACAAGAGCGAGCUCUCACCAAGAAAAUCGGGCACAUGUGGAGCAAUCUAUCUGAAUCUGAAAAACAGGUAUAUCAAGAGAAAGGGGUGAAGGACGUGGAGAGAUACAGGACGGAAAUGUUGGAAUACAGAUCUUCAUACGAAGCCACCGCAGCUGCUGCGCAGUAGCUCUCUCUCUCUCUCUCUCUCUCUCUCUCUCUCUCUCUCUGAGUUGAGUAGUUAAAAUGUCUAUUUGGUUAAUCAGCUGCAGAAUCUAUAUAAGCCAUGUCUCUUGUCUUAGGGUAGCGAGGUAUAUGUUACGGCUAUGGGCCGGACCUUUAUCUCUAGUUUAGUUUUCUCUGUGCUUUGCUUUAAAUUUGUUCCA